AACGCUUCGGGUAGUGGGUGGUUACAAAGCGCUUGUGCUAUCCUAGAAAUUUCGAUCGACACGUCCAAACUCCCUCGUGAAAGUUAACUUUGUAUCCCUCCAAAUGGCUGAGCAAAAAAUAAUUCUUGUGACUGGUGGUACUGGCCUUGUUGGAAAAGCUCUGGAAGAAAUUGUAGCAACAGAAGAGAAAAGAUCAGAUGAAACUUGGAUUUUUCUGUCUUCUAAAGAUGGCGACCUUUGUGAUGCUGCAGCAACCAAAGCAAUAUUUGACAAGUACAAGCCAACUCAUGUUAUUCACUUAGCAGCUCUGGUGGGUGGACUUUUCAAGAACCUUAAGUACAAUCUGGAUUUCUGGCGGAUGAAUACACUUAUUAAUGACAAUGUUCUCUACAGCUGUCAUCUAAGUAAGGUGAAGAAGUGCGUAUCUUGUCUAUCUACGUGCAUUUUCCCAGACAAGACAACAUAUCCUAUUGAUGAAACAAUGGUUCACAAUGGCCCACCUCACUCUUCUAACUUUGGUUAUGCAUACUCCAAGCGUAUGAUUGAUGUGCAAAACAGAGCAUAUCAACAGCAGUAUCCAGAUGGAUGCUCUUUCACUUCCGUUGUUCCAACCAAUGUGUAUGGAAAGUAUGAUAAUUUUAAUCUAGAGGACUCUCAUGUUCUACCUGGACUUAUUCACAAAGUUUACUUGGCACGAAAGGAAGGCAAACCCCUUGUAGUUUGGGGAACUGGUUCACCACGGAGACAGUUUAUUUAUUCCAAGGAUUUGGCUAGGUUAAUGAUCUGGGUGAUGAGGGAAUAUACUGAAGUUGAUCCAAUUAUAUUGUCAGGUUAGCAUCAUUUUGUUUGUGUUUAACCCUUUAACUCCCAUGAGUGACCA